AUGGUUGCAUCAGCCCAUGGUUUACCACCAGUUAGUACACUGCCUUUUGAUUAUGAAGAGAUUUAUAAACAAUGGUUAAUUAAUCGGACACGUGGACGUGGUCGUGGACGAGGUAAUACACCGUCUGGUGGAGCUCAAGGAACACGUGGCGGACAUCAACGUGGAGAUGAGAAUGAGAAUGCUGGAAAGCAACAGAAAGAUGAACACCAUCGAUAUAAUGAGAGAGAUUUGACGUGGAAGCGUGGUGCAAAGGUCACAGAGGGAUCGUCUCAUGUUUGGGAUGACGUGCUUGAGCCAGGCGUUGAAAGUCAUGAAAUGGACCUGUCAAGCAUGGCGGAGGCUGCGGAAAAUUUCCGACGAGAGAUGGAUGCCAUGCGAGAGGAGCUACAGGGACCGAAAGUUGAUCUGGACGAGAUGAAAGACGAUUUGGAUGCAUUUGACAAGAAGCUUGAGGAUGCUGCAGCUGCUGGACAAUUUGACGACAGUGAUAACGAGGAAGCGCCAUGGGAUGACCCUGUUUCCGACGUUCAGCAUAAUGAUAACAGUGCUAACGAACCGUUGGAAGAAGAAGAAGACACGGUGCAUUUGUCGGAGCAGUCAUGCGCAAGUCACCAGUUCGAAGCGCUCGAAUCUGCUGAAAUACAACGUGUGUUGGAAGAGAAAAGUAGCUUUGUGUUGUCUUCAAUGCCAGCCGAUGAAAGCUCCACUGGUUUAUCCUCGCUGCGCCAGGAGACGGAAGACGAAUGGUUUUACCUGGACCCGCAAGGAUUGCAGCAGGGACCGUUCAAGACUGCUGAGAUGCGUGAGUGGUUUGAGGCAGGCUACUUCAAGCCGCACCUUCCGAUUCGCUUUGGUCAAGAAGGUGUUUUUACGGCUAUGGUGAAUCAGUUCGUGCACGGACAAGCACCGUUCGCUUCUCUGCCGACACGCGUGGGUGGUGUUGGAGGAAUGCAUGUGAACUCUCGUCAAAGUGAGCAACAGCGUUUAUUGGAUCUGCAGCAUGAGCAGCAGCGACAGCAACAACAACAAAUGAUACAGCUUCAGCAGCAACAGCGAAUGCUUCAGCUGAACCAAGAAGAGAAGGUCCGCAUUGAUAUGCAACGUCUUGAAGCUGCACGUCAGCAGCAUACACUCUUGUAUCAGCAGCAACAAAUGCUACAGCAGCAACAAGAGCAACAGCAGCAACAAAUGCUACAGCAGCAACAAGAGCAACAGCAGCAACAAAUGCUACAGCAGCAACAAAUGCUACAGCAGCAACAAGAGCAACAGCAGCAACAAAUGCUACAGCAGCAACAAGAGCAGCAGCAACAACAGCAAAUACUGUUGCAACAACAAAGUUCGUGGCAACGUCGCCAGCCUGAAAAUAUUUUGAGCGCGCUUGGUAUGUUUGGAAGAAGCCAAGACAAUACCUCGGUGCCGAACGACCACUUCCGGAUGGAUGGCAUGCAAACUCAAUUUCGGUCCGAGUACCACACACAACACCAAAUAAGCAUGCAGAAUACACAGCCUGUCGCCCAUGGCGCGAUGUUUUUGAAGGAUGAAGUUCAGAGGCACGACCAAGCUUUUUGGCCGAAUGGUGUUCCGAAAAUGAUAGGUUUAGAAAAUGUGUCGAGCUUGCAAAGUGGCUUACAGGCAGCACAGCCUACGAAUUCAAUGGCACCCGAAUUUUCUCAGCCUCCGGCAUCAAAGAGUCCAGUACGUGCCGCCGUGCCUGAUGCUUGGGGCGCUAGACCAGACAUACCGGAGCGUUCGCCUGCAACAUUUCACGAUAUUCAGAUUGAAGAGAAGCAUCGAGCUGAUUUGGGAGCUGUUAACAACGACGACCAGGCUCGAACACACCACGAGCAGCCUAAGAACGCGUUGCUGAUUGAAUGCAUGAAGAAGAAUAAUAAUAGAUCUGGUGAAGGCAAUGAGAAGACGAAGCCGAGUCCAUCUAAAAAGAACGGUACUCAUGCAGAAAACGUCAAGAAUGAGACUCACGCAUGGGCGACCAAAAUGUCGCCUGCUGCAGCAUCGACGAAGUUAAAAUCACUCAAGGAAAUUCAAGAAGAGCAACGUGAAGCGCUCAGCAAAACGAGGGACGACAAAAGCAACACGGCAAACCUCGCACAGAUGGGGGCUCAGUUAAAGAUGAUGCUGGGCGUAGAUUCAGUCGCCGCGACAGCAAACACCCGUGCAGCGCCCGCACCGGCAGCUCCGAUUUCGAAGACGAAGCCAGCGCCAGCACUCACACCAAAUCCUCACCCAUCUGUAGCAAGUCCGUGGGGUACACCUACUGUCACAACGAGCAGCAAUUCAAAGUCGAUGCGUGACAUUUUGGCUGAAGAAGAACGAUUGGCGCAAGAGCGAGCUCGAGCCAACGAGAAUGUGUCGACUAGUUCGCACUGGGUCAAUGUCGUCGCCGGCAACAAGGUUGCUGCAGCAGCAAUUCCCAAGCCCUCCCGUUCGGUGUUGGGUCCUGUUCCAGCAUCGGUACUGAAGAGCCGCCAGCAAAUUCGUGCUACUAAUGGCGCACCUAAGCCGUUUCCACAUAAGGCCGAGAAAGAUGCGUCGUUCUGGAAUUUUGGAGCAGCUCAGUCUGUUGGCAAAGAGUCCGCAUCGAGCGGUGCUCACGUGAACGGCUCGAAUGCAUUUGGAUCGAGCAACGUUUCGUCGGAGUUUAUGGGGUGGGCUCUGAAGCAGUUGAAGACUAUUGACAGCAAUGCCAAUGUGACCUUGUUGGAAUAUUGCGCCUCGGUUGAGGAUCCUGGCGAAAUUCGCGAGUACCUUGCGGCGUAUUUGGGCUCGACGCCUCGUGUGUCGGCGUUUGCUACUGAGUUUAUUCAGCGGAAGAGAACGCAACACAGUGGCAAGAAGUCACCAGUGCAUCAGGAUCCUCAACAGCGUGUGUCCGAGACGGGUUUGUCUAAUAAACGUGGCAGACGCCAGACGAAGGGUCCAUUGCUGCUAAACUACUCGGUGGGAAGUUAG